UGUUUUUAAACAACACGACGUGAAUGUGGAUGUGAAUAAGAUGUGAAUCAAGGAAAUUCAGUCAUAAUGAUACUUGCCAAUUAUUGUGUUUGUUUUUACCAUAGUUCUGUAUAAUCUCAUCAGCACCAGUAGUGCAGUAUCUUGUGCGUAAUCGUUUCAAUUACUUGUGUAUCCUCAAAUCAGCAAAAAAUGGCGAAAGUCUCCGAACCCGUUAAACAGAAGAAGCGCCAUGCCAAGUCUCCUCCAGCAUUUACUUCCAAGAAGAAAAAGAUCCGCUACCUUAUCAAUGAUGAUACAAUUCCUGAUAAGGAAGAGGAAGAAAGGCUUGAAAAAUUCUUGUUUGAUGAGACCCCUAAUCUGAGUGACAAUGAUGAACCAACACCAAUGAGUGUCUCUCCUGUAGAAGCGGCUAAGAAAACGUCUUCAUCAAAGAAACGUGAACCGGCUUGGCAUGAUGAAGAUGAUGAGGUCAAGGUUGAAGCAGUUUCAAAAACAACUAGGAGAAGCCUCACUAUGAAAGGCAAAAGUGGGGACCCAUAUUAUGACAUGCUGAAGAAAAAGUUUGAAGCAAUUGUUGGAACUCCAAGCUGGGCCAGAUUGCCCUCAGAACAAGAUGACCAAGAAAAAGACUCCGAUGAUGAGGAAGAAACAGGAAGCGAUUUAAAAAGGAGGUGUGGAAAUAUGAUUAGUAGCAAAAGUGCGCAUCUACCUAAAGGCAAGAUCGCAAUUAAAGAAUUGACUGAUUUAAAUCGAGACUCAAACUACAUAGAAGGUAGGAAUAUUGAAGCUGUCGAAUUCCAUACAUCUUCAUCUGUAGCUCUUGUUGCUGGCGCAGGUUCUAUAGCUUCAAUCUUUCAUGUUGAUGGCCGAGACAAUGCUAAAUUACAAUCCAUUAGAUUUGAAAGAUUUCCAAUUCAAUGUGCCCAUUUUACUCGGGACGGGGAACAAUUCAUCGUUGGAUCUCAGCAUGGCGGACAUUUUUAUUGUUAUGACAUGGUCUCUGGCAAAACGCUACACGUUCCAAUGCACCAUGCAUUGGAACAGACAAGUAUGAAGAAUUUUGUAAUGUCACCAGAUGGAAAAUAUAUUGUGGUUUGCGGAAAAUUUGGGAAUAUCCACUUUUUAAGUAGUAGAUCCAAAGAGUUUCUCUUCACUCUGAAGAUGAAUGGAAAUGUAGGAGCUGUAUGCUUCAACUCGGAAGGAUCUUCAUUAUAUUCGCAUGGUGAUGAAGGUGAGGUGUACAUAUGGGAUGUAGCCAGCCGACGGUGUGUGCGCAGGUUUUAUGAUGAAGGAUGUAUUAAAGGGAAAAGCAUAGCCAUGUCACCUAAUGAUCAACUGUUGGCAACAGGCUCGAGUGUAGGGACAGUGAACAUCUAUAAGCUUCCAAUUUCUUCCAACAAUCCGACACCUAUCAAAACUGUGAUGAAUCUGGUUACUAGCAUUACAAUUCUCAAAUUCAAUGCCUCAUCAGAAAUUCUAGCUAUGGCAUCUGGUGACAAACCCAACGCUCUUAAACUUGUACAUUUUCCCUCGCUGACAGUGUUUUCAAACUUCCCUGCCAUGGACACAUACAUAAAACUGCCUUUUGCGUUGGAUUUUUCACCAUCUAGCGGCUAUCUUGCUGUUGGAAACAAUCGAAGCAAAGUUAAACUAUUCAGGUUGAAUCAUUUCAAAAACUAUUGAUCCCAGUGAAAUUAUUAUUUGAAUUGUCUACUCACACAUCAAUGUGACAUAAAAAAAGUUAUUGUUGUGCUUCCAACUGCUUACAAACCAACAAAUCAAGUCAGUCGAAGUAUGAGUAAGAAAGUGCCUUGCAUAUGAAUUCCACAAUACCUUUUAGAUGCUGAAUUCAGUUUCUUCAACUGUUUCUUUGGUCAGAUUAUUUUUUCCCUCAUUCAAAUUGGAUGGAGUUAAUUAGAAUCAGUGUAACUACAUCAGACGUUGCCCAAUUUCCUCUCCUGUUUUAUUUCUUAAGUAGAAAACUACAAACAUUUAACUUAAAAUUUUCCGAGUGCAUAUAUUCUUGAUAAUGGAGAGGAAGAAGACGAAAAGUUUAAAGGCAUUAUAUUAUUUAAUUUACUAUCAUCAAAAUACAUAAAACGCAAGAGGAAAUUAGGCAACAUGCAAUCAGAUCCUAGUCAAAACCUCUCAAUUAAUAUUCAUAAGGUACAGUGCUAUCUUUCACAUUUUAACUAUCUGUUCCCUAAGUGCACAUCAGAAAAGCUGUGGGUGUCACAAUUACAAGCAUUUAUUCUGAUGUAUUUUUACAUUUGUAAUUUUAUUGUAUAGUGUGAAUUUUCAUUUUAUGAAUGAUCAAUCGAUAUAAAUCAAUGAAUUUGUUUUAGUUUA